AUGGCUGGAGCUGAAAAUUCAGAGAAGCCAGUGUUUAGUCUGAAGCUUCUUGUGGACAAAAAGAAGAACAAGGUGGUCCUGGCUGAGUCUGGUAAGGAAUUUGUCGAUGUUCUCUUCAGUUUUCUGACAGUACCUAUGGGUAAUGUUGUGAGAUUGAUUGAGAAAUAUCAGAAGAAUCAAAUAUCUGAGGCCACUAUGAUAGGCUGUUUCAACAAUCUCUACAAAAGGGUUCUUGAUAUGGGCACCGCUAAUUUCAUGACGGAAGCUUGCAAGGAUAUGCUUUUGUAUCCGAGAAGCGCGAUGGAGAAUCUACGUAAAGGACUUAAGCUUAACAUAGCUGAUAUUGAAGUUCUCAAGUACUAUAUGUGCCCGAAAGAACAUCGGUGGUAUAGUAACUUUUGUUCCUCAAAAUGUUAUGAUUGUGGAGAAGUGAUGACGAAGGAGUUUAAACCAUUAUACGGUGUAGCAUAUGAGGAAAUAUUUGUCAGCCACAAGCCCUUAUUCACCAUUACUGACAAUCUGAAAGUGGGAUUUACUUCUAUAAUUCAUACCCUGAAGACACUCAAAGUGUCAGGCUAUUCUGAUGUUGAUCAGCUGCAUGUAGAAGUUGAUCACCAAAAUGUACUAGCUCUACUGCAGAGAUUAUUCUCUUCGGAUACUCCCUUGACCGACGUGUUCUUAAAGAAACAGAGAUCAUGUGUCAUUUCAAAGGUGCUUAACAUGCAAAGUCUAGCUGUGUCAGAAAAAUCUGGAGGCGCAGUUCAGUCAAACAAAGUAAUGUCUGUCAGUGUGUUCACCAGUAAACUGGACAAGAAGGUUCUCUAUAUUGAAAGUGAAAAAGACUUUGUUGAUCUUCUUUUUACUUUCCUGGUUCUUCCUCUGAAUUCUGCAUGGAAAUUAGCUGGAAGCCAUCUUGUGCUAGGUAGGAUGCAUCAAUAA